AUGCUCCUAUUUCUGUCUGUUUCCUUCUUACUCACCGUAUUCGAAGCGAAGAGAGUCGACGUGCGGCAGUUCAAUCUGGACGAGGUCGGUGGAUAUCGAACUGAUGAGGUUCGCCAUCACACACUUCAUUAGUGCUUUCCUAUUUUCUCAUUCGGUCCCUUUCAGGUCAAUCUGGAACCGGCUCCAAAACCUCCAUUUCUAAUAAAUGCCACAUCAGAAGCCAUCGAGCAGUUUAUGGCCAUCUAUCGAACACCUGGUAUUGCACAAGUUAGAAAAGUGAGGAGUAGAAAAGAAUGGGAAGAAGUGAAGACGAUAAUAUUCAGAUGACAGAACUGGAUGUUCUAGUGGGCACUCUCAGAACAGAAGUGCAGCAGUCGUACAAUUCGUACAAAGCAGAGUCGAUACUUUUGAAAUUGGCACAAGAUGAACGACUUCAGGAGAUUGCUGAGAAAGUUAGUGAGUAUUCUGGAAUCAAAAAACACUGAGCAUAUUUCAGACUCAUUACACAAUCGUUCAUCUGCAAGCAUUGAAGGACACAAAAAUGGGGGUGAAUGAACGGAAAGCGAGGACGGAGAUGAUGUUCUCCGAGUUCAGUGACUUCGUUGUGUCCGCCGUCAGCGAUGAAAUGAGCAACAUCCUGGACAUGGUGAUGCGGCAGAUGCUCCGCGCGAUCCUGUUCACCGAGAAGCUCACCGUCUAG